GUAGAAGGAAGGCCCUCUUGCAUAUUCGGAAUAUUACGGAGUGGAGUAGCGCUGUGAAAUAUUAAUUAAAAUUGCUGGAAAUUGCUUUCGGCAUAUUGCUUAUGGUUUUGACUUGGCGCGCAUGCCAAGCAUGAUUAAACGAGACACGAAAGAGCGUAUCUACGAAGUAGAUAAAUAUCUUUAUACGAACAACUGAGCUGCAGCACCACCAACAAUCGAAUCGACGAAAACAAAAACGCACACCUAUCUAUAUAACCAGAGACUCUAUUAGGAGAGACAGAGCGAUAAACAAAAGCUCAAGCAGCAGCAGCCGCAACAACGAAACAAUUUGGAAGAUACAUUUUUUUUUGCACUAAAAGACCCAGCAAUCGGACUCUGCAAAGAAAAAAGGGAACUUGUCCCUUAAAUCGUAUUAAGGACAAAAAGGAAGUUAGGAAACAAGGAGGAGAAACGGAAAUCAACUAUUGUGAUAUGUACAAAUUUACUCAAAUACCGAAGCCACAUAAUAUUUAGACGUUUAUUCCACGGAAACCCAGUUGCUUAACGAUCAACCGGAGGAUAGUCUACCAAAGAUUAGGCUUUCAAUUUUCAAUUAAGUUUUUAUUAAAAGCUAAACAGAGCAGAAGUUGCACUAUCGAGAGAUGGCCGAAAAAGUCGAACAAGCUCAGCAGGCCAGCUUAAAUGGUCAACAGAAUAAUAAUGUCCGCAAGUCACCUGAAUUUCCCGGUGUUAUCUCCCGGGAACGCAGCUUUGUGCGCACCUCGAAUCAACAGAAUAUCAACAAACGCCGGAGUCUGGCGUUCAACGUUCCUGGCAACAAUCAGACGGGACAAAUGAGAAGCAAACCGGCCAUGGAUAUAUACAGACCGCCCAAUGUACGCGGCGAGUUGGCUGCUCCAGCCGGUAAUGGUGGUGAUGGUGCUAUUGGUGGUGUCGGUGGUGCCGCAAACAAACUGAAUGUCAAUGCCCAGGAGUUUACAAUGACCAAUAGCUCUGGGUCACCGGCCGAGGCACUCAGUAAUCGUUCGUCGUUGAUCUUCCCGCCGUCCACCAAUGGUCCCGGCGGUGUGGCUGUGGCCCCGGUUCUGGGUCAAUAUGGAAAUGUGAAUCGUCGCCAGGCGGGUCUCUCCCUGGGCAGCAUGCCGGGUCUGAAGGCCAGCCAUCACCGCUCCAUUUUAGUGACCCAUCCAAUCAGUCCACUGGCCGGACAGCUGCCUUUGAUGAACUCUCCCUCCAGUGGCAAUAUACUUCAUACCACAAAUCGUGUCAAGUUUGCUCCUGAGCCCAGAGGACAAAAGCUAAACAACCACAGCCAGUUUGGCGGAAUGAACAAUAAUAACUACGGACAGCCGUAUCAGGCCAACUUAAAUGGCCUAGAUCCCUACAUGAAUGGAAAUGCCCUGCAACGCUCCAAGUCCUUGUCGUCGGCGGAUGCCCUCACUCGGGGAAUGGCCGGCUUGGGACUGGGAUUGGGCAACGAGGUGGCCGACAUUGGCCAGUUUACGCCGGAGAUCCAGACAUUGAUCGAGACAGCUCUGGAGGAUCCCAACAAACUCAACUCACGGUGUCUCAUGGAGCUGACCACGCAGUUCAUCAAGCGCGCUGUGGAGAGUCGCCGAUUUGCUUUGCCCAUUUCCCGGUUGUGCUUGAAUAUCAUCGCUAGGGAGCAGAAGGAGACGUUCCUGGAGGCCCUGCUCAACACCUGUCGUCAGUGGUACCAAGAACGCGAGAAACUGCUGUUUGCGAUCCAGGGAAUGAAAUCGCCAUCCAGAGUUCGCUUCACCGCCUUCAUGGCCUUCCUCACGGAGAUGUUCUGCCAGCUGAAGCGACGCCAACUCCAGCUACGCACCCACCACGAGGGCACACCGCCCCCACUGGUCCUGCUCAGCCUGCUGUCCAAGUGCUGUGAGGAUUGCGUGCGUCCCCCGAUAAGAUCGCUUUCAGAGAUUGAGUGCCUUUUCUAUGUGCUCACCUGCAUCGGUCAGGAUAUGGAGCAGCAGCUGCCACAACAAUUGGAGCUACUUAUGGGCCUCGUUCGUGAUGCUUUUCUGAAUGCUGGCGAAUCGGCGGCGUCCAUCCGGCGUACUCUUCUCCAGCUAAUCGAGCUGAAAGCCUCCCACUGGCAGCUACCCGGCAAUACGGUUCUCUACUAUACCCACAAUAACAAUUAGGAACUGGGAGGCGUCAUGCAGGACUGGAAACUGAAAUAUAAUUUGGAACCAGGGCGGAUGUUGAGGUUCGAGGCAUUGUGCAAUCAUCGAGACACCACUAGAUAUCAGUUCUGUUGUCGCAUUGCAUUUAGGCCUGCCAACCUUCUGUUCUAUUUAUCUUAUCGUACUCUUACCUAGGCAUAAGCAAUAUUUAUUUCGGCACUGCAAUAGAGAGAAACUAACCCGAGACUUGCACACCACACACCAAGCCCAGUACCAAAUGAAAUGGGCCGAUCUGAUUCGGUUUCUUCAGAUUCUUUACAUAAUCUAAGGCUCAAUUUUUAUGUGAAUCCAUAUCUUUAUGUUUAAUAAAUCACAACUAGUCAAAAAUUAA